AUGAUGAGGAACCUAUGGAUAUGGCGUUGUCUGCCCUUGGUGUUUCUGUUACUGCAGGCGUUUGUGGUGGAAUCCAAGGGCCAGUCCGACCUACCGUCUGCAGAUACUGCUCGCGAAUCUCAUCAGAGGUCAGCUCAUGAUGAUACUCAACCCGGGAAUGAGCAUGUAAAUGCAGCUCUUACGAUUCUUCAAGACUCUAAAAUCUCCGUCAUCACUCCCGAAAAGCCGUCCGGUCUCGUGGGGUACGGCUUGCUUUAUGCUCAGCAGGUUUUCCGGAUUUUGUUUUUGAAUGGCCCGCAUAUCGACAAUGCUGGUCGACGAAAACUCCACCCAAAUGUUGCCAAAGCCGUGAAUGAACUCAGAAUUGCUGCGGAGGAGGACCAAAACCCCGAUGCGAUGUUUUUACUGGCGGAGAUGAAUUUCCACGGCAAUUUCACUCACCCGCGAGAUUUCAAACAGGCUUUCUAUUGGUAUCAGAGCCUCGCAUCGUUGAAUGGAAAUAACACGGCGCAGUAUAUGCUUGGUUUUAUGUAUGCGACAGGUAUCGGUGGUGGAAUUGAACGCGACCAAGCCAAGGCUAUGCUGUACCAUACCUUUGCCGCCGAAGCAGGAAACACGAGGUCGGAGAUGACGCUUGCAUAUCGAAACCACGUAGGAAUCGGGACACCUAGGAAUUGUGACGAAGCCACUUAUUAUUAUAAGAAGGUGGCUGAUAAAGCCAUCCAAUACUACCGAUCUGGCCCACCUGGCGGCCAUAGCAUGAUUCGGGAGUCAUAUCGCUGGGCAGAUGAAGAGGGUGGUGUGUAUGGUGAGGGUGCCAGUGUAUCCAGCUCCGGACCAAACGCACUUCGCGAUUCGUCACACGCCGGCACUGACGCUAGCUUGGAAGACUUAUUGGAGUAUGUGGACCUCAUGUCCCGAAAAGGUGAGCUGAAGGCUACAUUUAGCUUAGGAAAGAUGCACUAUGAUGGUGCACGAGGUUUGCCCAGGAAUUUUCGGAAGGCGAUGAAGUAUUUCAAACAGGUUACAAAGCGCUAUUGGAAUAAAGAUGGGUCUGUCAACCCGAAUCACCCACCUGGGAUUGAGAAAUUGGCCUCAAAAGCGGCAGGCCAUAUCGGCUUGAUGUACCUACGUGGUGAAGGCGUCGAGCAGAAUUUUGCUACGGCGGGCAAUUGGUUCAAACUUGGGGUAGCUAACGGCGAUGCGCUCUGCCAACAUGAGCUCGGGAUAAUGUAUCUACAUGGAUAUGGUGUGACGCAGGAUGCGUUCAAGGCUGCGGCGUACUUCAAAGCCGCCGCCGAACAAGAUCUUCCGGCUGCUGAAACGAGAUUAGGUGCUCUGUUUCUGGAUCAAGGUGAUAUUCCGACAGCUACGCGGUACUUCGAGUUAGCUGCACGUUGGGGGUGGAUGGAAGCUUUCUAUUAUUUGGCCGAAUUAUCGAAUAACGGUGUUGGCCGGCAACGACACUGUGGGAUGGCAGCUUCGUAUUACAAGAUGGUUGCAGAGCGGGCGGAGGUGGUUCACUCCUCUUUUGCUGAAUCCAACACCGCAUAUGAGAAUGGUGACAAGGAGCGAGCACUUGUCGCAGCCAUGAUGGCUGCCGAACAGGGGUACGAAAAUGCACAGUCUAACGUGGCAUUUUUGCUGGACGAGCAGCGGUCCAUGUUGACUCUUGAUUCGGUUGUUCCUGGGCUCAGAAAGACCAGGUCGCCUUUGCUUCAAAAUGCCGCAUUAGCUCUUAUCUACUGGACCCGUUCAGCCAAACAGACGAAUAUUGACUCUUUGAUUAAGAUGGGUGACUAUUAUCUCAGUGGAAUUGGUACUGCUGCAGAUGCCGAGAAAGCGUCGACCUGUUACCAUACCGCAGCCGAAGCUCACUACAGCGCGCAGGCGUACUGGAAUCUCGGCUGGAUGCAUGAAAAUGGCGUUGCCGUGGAUCAGGAUUUCCAUAUGGCAAAGCGAUAUUAUGACCUAGCACUAGAGACUAGCUCUGAGUCUUACCUACCAGUGAAGCUGAGUCUCCUGAAGCUCCGCAUGCGAAGUUACUGGAAUAGGAUUACGAACGGAAAGAUCAAUCCUAUCCAGGAUGACGAAGAGCCUAGGCCUCGUCGGACAUUUAAAGAGUGGGUUGCAGCCUUCAUCGAAAACGACGAACAAAUGUACAAGGGUGCAGAAGAGGACGAGGAGGGUAUUUUAUCCCAUGGAACGGAUUCUCGACACCUCGAUGAUCGCCAUGAAGAUGGCUAUUAUGAUGACUUGGAACUCGAUAUUGAUGAGAGCAUCCUGGAAGGUCUUAUCAUUGUGGCAUUGGCAGCGACCUUGCUCGUGCUAGUGUACUUGAGGCAACAACGAAACAGGCAAAGACAGAACGAGAAUGCAGGCGCCAAUCCCGCGGCCCCGGCAAAUGGGAAUGAUCGAGGGUUCUUCCCCCGUCCUGGAGAACCGGGCUUUGCUCAAUGGGUGGCUGGCGGCGUAGGACAUUAG